CGACUGAUUGCCGAGUGUCUGGUGCCCUGGACCAGCUUCCGUUUCCGCAGUUACAAGGACAGCAAGGUUGCCGCUCGGAGUAAGAAAGGGGACGAGGAGGAGAAGAAGGAGAAAACGACGAAGACAGCAGAUGCGGGUGACCAGCAGGCCGAGCCAGCAAGCGCUCUCUCGCCUGCUUUGCACGAUGCCCAAUUCAGCGUGACCUACGAGCCCUUCGAUGAUUACCUGGAAAUGGUGUUAGAAAACGGCUACCUCGUCCUCUUCGCUGUUGCUGUACCACCCUAUUUGGCCACGAUGGCCUGCCUCUGUGCCUGGGUAGAGGCCUACUUUGACUCCUUCAAACUCCUGCAGAUCUUUCGACGUCCCCUGCCGGAACUGAUUCAACGAGGUCAGGACAUCUGGCUGCUACUGCUCUCCAUUCAAGCCUGGCUCGGUCUCUUUGCCAAUGUGGCACUGUUGGGCUGCGGUACUGGCUGGAGCCUUAGUAGCUUAGUCUGUCUGGAACAUGUACUGAUUGGCAUUGGCCUUUUUAUUGAAUUAUGCUUCUCAAACACUCCCAGGAAGGCCAAAGAGUCCUAUCAGGCGAGAGCCUACCAUGAAUUCCGCAGACUGACUGCCUCAUUAAGAUCGAGUUCAACGUCAGCAGAUGACAAGUUGAGUAAUUCUGCCUCUUAA